CUCCCACCUCCCCACCCAUUUACCUCGAAGGAAGAAGAGCGUCCCUGGGAAAUUUGCCGACAAAUUUGACGGAUCGACCGGAAAAGAAGGCGAAAAGCGGCCAAUUUUCAAUUGCAGAGGUGUACCUGUGACCGCAGGUGAACAUGUCGCGGCACCGCGAUUCAGCAGUGGCGGAUUGCAAGGUCUACGUCGGAGAUCUGGGUGAGUGCUCCAAUGCGUCCAAGCAAGAGCUGGAAGAAGCAUUUUCCUACUACGGACCCUUGAGGAAUGUUUGGGUGGCCAGAAACCCACCCGGCUUUGCUUUCGUCGAAUUUGAAGAGUGCCGAGAUGCUGAGGAUUCUGUCAGAGGCCUCGAUGGAAGGACCAUCUGUGGCCGUCGAGUUCGAGUGGAAAUGUCAAAUGGCAUGAGCAAGUCGCGGUUCAGGGGUGGCAACAGCCGUCGAGGCCGCCCCUUCCACCCUGAAGACAGAUGCUACGAAUGUGGCGAGAGGGGCCACUAUGCCAGGGACUGCUCCCGCUACAGCCGCCGUGGUGGCGGAGGCAGUGGUGGCGGCGGCGGACGUCGCAGGUCUUACUCUCGUUCCCGCUCUCGCAGCCGCAGCCGUCGCAGCAGAUCUGGAUCCAGGUCGCCAGCAUCCAGGAGCCGCUCCAGGUCACGCUCUGUCCGCCGCUCUCCUGCUGACAGGAAGAGCCGCAGCCCUAGCCGUUCCAAGUCCAGAAGCCGUUGAUUAGCAGGACCAAAUGACGAAAAGUAAAACAGAGGCGGGUGUUCCACGACAUGGACCUGCGAUUCCAUCAUAAGAAAAAAAACUUCGUACUUUUAGCUUAAAGUUAUAAUUUAUCGUACAUUUUUCUAGAAGUAAUCACAUACUGAUGAUAGAUUAUCGCAGUUUGCAACAGCACGAGGUGCUUGUUUUGUUUUCAGUAUGAGUUGAUGUGUAAAACCAGCAGAUUUGAGUAGUUUUAGACGACAUGUAAAAUGCACUAAUAAAUAUUUGGCAAUUCUCCUCAUGAAAUAAA